AUGCAUUCAUAUGCGUCCGUGUGUGACACUGAUUGUCAGAAUAAAUCGAAGGUAUUGUCAGAUAAAAAAGUGGAAGCGCGUCACUCUCUUGUGUCUCUCAUCUCUCUUUCUGUCUCUUCUCUGGCUCUCUCUCUCUCUCUUUCUGUCUCCCUCUCUCUCUCUCUCUGUCUCUCUGUCUGUCUAUCUCUCUGUCUAUCUCUCUCUCUCUCUCUCUCUCUCUCUCUCUCUCUCUCUCUCUCUCUCUCUCUCUCUCUCUCUCUCUCUCUCUCUCUCUCUCUCUCUCUCUCUCUCUCUCUCUCUAAAGCUCUCUCUCUAAAGCUCUCUCUCUCUCAGACACCAUCGCACGCACACGCUGCCUCGCCGCCUCAGCUCGCCCGGCCACCCAUGAAGCGCAUCUUUAUUCAGCGCAACAAAGCUGGGCAGCUUGGAUUUCAGAUAUCCAGUCAACGCAUACACCGUGCAGUUCAAGGCACCAUUCACUUUGUCACGGUCAUUGAUGAUGGCGGUCCCGCCGCCCUCGCCGGCCUCAAAGUCGGCCAAAUCGUUCGUAAAGUCAACGAUAUUCCUUUGAACCACCUCACCCACCAAGAGGCGGUUCUCAAAAUUCGUGAGCAGCCCCGCACCAAACCCCUCAAAGUUUUGGUCCAAGAAGCCGACGAGCGUCAGCGUCAAUGGAUGAUGGACAGGCUGAAGAAUCCCACCCCCAUCCCUCUCUCCCCCACACCCAGCAUGACUCAGCGUCCCCUUUCCCCACAACACUUGGGCCCCCGGUUUCAUGGAUCCUCGACGUCCUCCUCCAUCCGCUCCCGCGCUUCUACCCCAUCACAGCGCACUCCGCUGGCUUCCAUCUCAGAUAUGCCUGCCCGCCUCAACUCGGUCAUGAUCGUGCCCGUCAAGACCGGGACCCGGGAUCGCUUCCUCCUCGCGCAGGAUGAGCCCGCGCACAAUGGCUGGCAGUUUUUCGAGACCCCGCUCCGUCCCGCCGAAGAUUUCGGCAUGUCCGUGCAUCGCUACUGCAAAUUCGCACUCAACCAAGCCGUUCACAUCGCCGGCAUUCUGCGCAUCGAAACCGCCUCCACCCCCAACGACCCACCCAUGCGAGUCGUCUGCCUCGUCGAAAUUGCUGGUGAGCACCCCUGGUCCGCCGCCACCCUCGAUGCCACCCCUCCCGACAUUUGCCUCUUGCAUCCUCAUUUGCCUCUUGCAUCCUCAUUUGCCUCUUGCAUCCUCAUUUGCCAUGCAUUGCGAAACCCUGCUCCAUCAGAUGACCUUGGCCCCGAGACCAAGCUGCCUCCGGCUUGCCGUUACACCAAAGCCAAAUGGUUCACCUCUGCUGAGCUGUCACAGCUUCAUCGUACUGUCGGUGAACCCCCAUUUCCACCGGGCCAGCUCGGUUUAGCCUCCACCCAGGUCCUGGACUGGGCGCGCUACGUGGCUGGUGGCUCUUUUGUUGCCCCGCUUCACUUUUUAGCCUUGACUCGUGACCCGGUCUUCAUCGAGAAGAGUGGGGGACACAGCGCUGCGGCCAAGCGAGAAUCAGCCCGACGUCAGUCCUUCCACGAAAUGGAAGCCCUCUCUCAUGACGAGCUAGCCACCUUGGCCAAAUUAGACAGCUUGCAGACCAGCUCAACUGCCGCCGCCCCGACAAGUAGUGCUCCGAGCCAACCGCCCGUGCACGAGCAACCAGUAUCACCGCAGCCCAAGGCCCAACCAGCGCAGCAAGCAUCUGCACCGCGGCCUCCGCCCCCUGACUACGCUGACGACACGUCCGAAGGAGACGUCUUUCUUUCCUCCACCUCCACUGCCGUGACGUCCGUCGCCGCUGACACUGGCAGCACCACCAGCACGUCACCACCCAUUGUGCACAUUCCUGCCCCGCCCGCGGAACCCCCCGUGGAGCCGCCACAAGACGAUACCCCUCCUCUCGCCGCUGCCCCUCCCUCGUCUGCCCCGCCCACCGUUGCUCCGCCUGCAUCCGCUCCGCCCGCCACUACAAAUACGACAGCCACCAAUCGUCCCAAACGCCGUGUCUCCAUCAACCUCAGCAAGAACGAGAGCUUUGAAACCUACUCGCACGACGAGUAUAAGCGUCAGCUUGAGUACAAGGAGUUUCUCGAUUUGCGCCAGCUUGUCAGCCACAACCAGCAAGCCAUGGAAGAAGAGCAGCGGGCCGAGGUCGAGGCCAGUGUUUCUGAUUCACGGCUGCGUGGCUUUUACGUCAUGAAGGCCCCCUUUGAGACGUUUGGUUUUGAAAUGGAGAGCGCAGGCAAGUCCACCGUGCCGGGCCUGCUCCUGGCCGAGCCCGUGCGCAUCAAAAGCAUUGCCCAACCAAGCGCACUGGCUGCCGACGGCAACUGCCGCGAGGGCGACCGCAUCGUCAAGAUCAAUGGCCAGUGGGUAGUGAGCCUGCCCCAUGCCAAGUAUUUGAUGGAUAUUAUCAAUACGCAUCCCGCUCUUGAUAUUACCAUUACACGCAAUGAGCCACUUCCUCCGUUGCCCGACUUUGGGGCCUGGAGCAACGAACAGCUCCAAGAGGCCGCCUUUGAGCAUUAUGGUCUGCGCGUCUUGGUUGAUCCCCGUGAUGGCUGGACCCGCGAGUACACCAUCGAGGAGAUUUCAUCGCGUUUCGUCGAUCCGACCGUGGCUGCCAUGCAGGCCUCGCCCGUACCCAGUGACGACACGGCCACCAACCCCACACACGAUGCCUUGCCCAAUGGCACGAAUGUCUCCCAGGAACCGGACGGUGUAGCGCUGCAGAAUGGGAGCUCGGCUUCGACGACGUCCUUUAGCUCGGCAGCACGGGGCGCCCGAGCAUCAGGAAACCGUCACGUGACCUUUAGCGACGCGCUUCCCACAGUGCACGAAGUCUACAGCAACAGUGAAUAUAAGCGACCUCUUGACCCCGGGGAUGGCCACGCGGAUUUGCGCUCCCUCUUUUUCCAGAAUCAGCAGCAGCUGGAGGAUGAACAGCAACGCGAGGCUGAGCACUAUUGUGAGCAGCGCCGCAUGCGCAACUACUAUGUGACCAAAGAGCGGGGCUCUUCAUUUGGCUUCAAGCUAAGCCCUUUGCCCAAGGACCUUAGCCAAGGCUAUAUGUUUUUGGAAGGGGUGACGCUCACGGACAUUGAUCCCCAAGGUCCGCUUCAACGCACUGACCUGCGCGAGGGAGAUCGAUUGGUCAAAGUCAAUGAUCAAUGGGUGCUGAAUCACCAGCACGCAACGUAUUUGGUUUUUGAUCUGUUGCGACGCUCGCGCGCUCUGGAUCUGACCAUCACCCGUGACGAGCCCUUGCCCCCGGCUCCGCCCAACCUCAUGUCCAUGAGCAAUGAGGAUCUCCAGACGGUGGCGCUCGAGCACGCCGGCAUUCGAGCCGACUUGGAAAAGGGCACGCAUACAAGGGACAAGCUCCUGGCAGUCGUUCGGCAACGUUUUGGGGCCUCUUCCGGGGCCACCAUGAACACGUUUAGCACCGGCGCCACCGGCGGAAGCGCUGAAGAUGAGGAUGAAGAGGAGUGCUAA